AUUUAAUAUUUGUUUUUUUUUUCCAAAAAUUGUUGUGUGUUUGAUGAUUGGCAUGUGUGCUCGCAGGCUCGGUGCAAUGUUCGGAGUGUCGCGGAGUCUGCUUGUCAGGAUCAUCAGACAGCCGGUUGUCCGAUGGCAGCAUGCCAACACCGUGCUGAGGCGUUCGUACGCCUCGCAGGCCAUCAACCAGAUGCUGCAGCUGCAACAGAUGGACAUCUGUGCGGAUCAGCCCUCGCGCGGCUUAGUGAUCGGUGUCUUCGCGGAUGAGGAGGACAAGAACGAUGCCGGCAUCCUGACCCCGGCCGGUUGGCGGUACAACGUGACCAAGACCAACGGCCGCCUCAUCCAGGUCCUGCGUAUGUCCGGACCCAUGCCCAAGCGGGGCGAGGCCCGUCUGCUCUUCGCGAUCGAGCCAGAGCGCAUCCCCUACUACUCUGUGGUGGCUGUGGUCGGCCUCGGCAAGGAGUGCCUCGGGUACAAUCCCUACGAGGUGCUCGACGAGCAGAAGGAGGCGAUCCGUCGCUCUGUGGCCGCCGCCUGCCGCAUCCUGGCCGAGCUGGACACCGACAGAAUCGAAGUUGAAAACUGCGGCCACGCCGAGUCCGCCGCCGAGGGGGCCGCGUUGGGCAUCUGGGCCUAUCAAGAGCUGCGAGACCCCAAGCAACGCGUCUCCGUACCGUCCAUUGAUUUGUUUGCCACCCCAGAUGAUAUUUGCGACAUCGAAGGAUGGCGCAUUGGUCUGCAGAAGGCAGCCGCCCAGAACCUGACGCGGCAGCUGCAGGAGAUGCCCUCCAACCUGCUCACACCCACAGCCUUUGCGCAGAAUGUCGUCGAGGUGCUGUGCAAGUCCGGUGUCAAUGUGGAGGUCAAGGUCGAGGGCUGGGCCGAGAGCCAGUCGAUGCACGCCUUCCUGGCUGUGGGCAAGGCCUCGUGCGAGCCACCCAUCUUCUUGGAGCUGAGUUACUACGGCACCUGUGCCGAGGAGCGUCCCAUUGUACUGGUGGGCCAAGGCGUGACUUACGAUGCCGGUGGCUUAUGCCUGAAGAGACGCAAAGAACUGUACAACAUGCGUGGCGACAUGACCGGAGCAGCAGUCGUCGUAGCCACCUGUCGAGCCGUGGCCAGUCUCCGUUUACCCGUCAACAUCCGUGGUCUGAUACCUCUGUGUGAAAACGUUGUUGGCUGCAAUUCGUUUCGUCCCGGGGACAUGGUCAAGUCAAUGAACGGCAAGACCAUCGAGAUCCAAUGCACCGAUCACGAGGAUGUACUGGUCCUGGCAGAUGCCCUGCUUUAUGCGCAAAACUUCUGUCCCAAGUGCAUCAUUGACGUCGGCACCUGCUCGGGCUACAUGCGUCAGUCCCUGGACGAAGCAGCCGCCGGAGUGUUCACAAACUCGGAGAUCCUGUGGCAGCAGAUCAAGCACGCCAGCAUGCACACCGGAGACCGCGUGUGGCGCUUCCCGUUGUGGAACUACUACAGCAAGGCAGUGCGUGCCGGAUCCCGCAGCGAUGUCCAGAACUACGGCAUUGGCCGAGGUGGACGUCCCUGCAAGGCCGCUGCCUUCCUGCGUGAGUUCGUUCCCUGCGGCCAGUGGAUGCACAUUGAUGCCACGAACGUGAUGGUCACCAACGGCAUCGACUUUGAGUAUCUUCGCCGUGGCAUGGCUGGCCGUCCGACCCGCACCCUGGUCGAGUUUAUUGCCCAGACCAUCUGCAAGGACACCGCCCCGAAGUUGGGCAAGUAGUAAACUCUUCCAGACGUAAUGAAGAUAUGCCAGUCCCAAUAGUCAGUCCCACAAAGCACUCCGCAUGCCGUCAUCAUAAAUAUUUCGGCGACAAUGUUAAUGAACAUGUUUACAAAUUGUUGGUAUUUUCAAGGAA